AUGGGCAACCUGAUCUGGCACGAGUGGUCUCGCUAUGUCGCUGUUUCCGCUAGCCUUUGUGAGGCUUCCAUACUUAAUAGAGAACUAUGCUGCUCUGAAGACUUGAUUUGGGCGAGCUUUUGGGGCAUGUAUUUCCGCAAAUUCUUUUGGGACUUCAUUGGCGGUACUCUACGCGACCCUGGAGGACUUCAGCCCUCUCCGAAAGUUGCAUUCUUCAUUACAAUCAUUGUGAAGAUCCCGCUCGUCCAACUAUUGUCCAUGGCAUCUGGCUUCGCGAUGGUCGCAUUUGAAUACCCUGCGCCCUUUUUGAAGGGAACUGCUAUUCAUCGGAGCUUUGUCUUCCGCAUUGUAUGGUUGAUCCUGCAAGCCUUCCUCGCUGUCCUGUUCUAUCAGGGCACGAAUGCAGCUCUUUAUUCUCUCGUUGCAGCCAUAGGUUAUGGGCGCGCUAUAUCACUUGGAGAGACGAUGGAAGAGGCGAAAAACAAUAGAGGAAGAGGCGGAGCUGCCUAA